AUGACUGGUAAAGAAAAAAGUCGCAAACAUCCUUACUUCUCUGGAAACUAUGCCCCCAUCUACACUGUUCAGCAUGCGCAUCCCUGCUCAGUCCAGGGCACAAUUCCCGAGGAAUUCCUUGGAGGACAAUAUGUCCGCAACGGCAGCAAUUCUCUUCAGGAUGAUGACCGCCGCGACCUGCACUGGUUUGAUGGAGAUGGCAUGCUCUCUGGUGUGUUCUUCAAGCGCAUGCCAGGAUCAAAGGUGCAGCAGCCGUUGUAUACGAAUCGGUAUAUCCUGACGGAUGUGCACUGCGCAACGGCGGAGCAUCCACACAUCAACCCGGUUGUGUCAAGCAUUACCACGCUAGUCAGCCCUAUGGUUUCUCCGCUGAAAGUUUUCAUGGGCAUGCUGCGGACCAUGGCGCUGAUGUUCUCAUCCUUUCUCGGCUUUGUGGUCCGCCCAAUCCGGAGAAUUAGCACAGCCAACACCAACAUUCUCUAUCAUGACGGAAGAGUGUUGGCAACCAUGGAGACUGGUCCACCAAUGAGAGUCUACCUUCCGUCUCUAAACACGGUAGGAUGGUUCACAGGGAGCAGAGCCGAGGGAGAGCCCUCAGAUGAGAUAACGGGGCCAUCUUUCGGUGGUCCUGGGAUAGAAGGAUUCCAUAAAGAGAUGACGAUAGCCCAUCCGCACAAUGAUUACCAAACGGGAGAGCUCCUGCUUUUACACUCGACGUUUAUCUUCCCAUAUGUGCACUACAGUAUCAUAUCCCCUGGAUGGACCGGCAAGCAUGGGUCAUACCUCAACCAGCCCGUUCCUGGCUUCACAUCCGGAAAGAUGAUACAUGAUUUUGGGGUGUCGCGCAAGCAUACCAUUAUGGUUGACAUGCCUCUUGCGUUAGAUCCAACGAAUAUAACCCGCAAUAAGCCCGCCAUACAGUACGACCCGCACGGAUGCACCCGUUUUGGGGUCUUCCCCAGGUACUGUCCCGCUCAGAUUCAAUGGUAUGAAACCGAUCCUUGUUGUAUCUUUCAUACUGUGAACAGCUGGGAUGAAAAUGUCCCUUGGGGAACACGAGUCCACAUGCUUGUCUGUCGGAUGAACAGCGUGUCUCCUCUCUACCAUAUGGGAGACCUAGAUGCACCAGCAGAGGCCACCCACCGGAAUCCCGAAUGCCGGCUGUAUUACUACCAGUUCCUAGCGGAUAGAUCUAGCGAAAUAACCGAGCAAUGGGCGCUGUCGGCAAUUCCGUUCGAAUUUCCACACGUCCCACGACAUCUAGAGAUGGCAGCCGCCCGAUUCGUCUAUGGAUGUUCCAUGAGCGAAGGGAACUUUGCCACGAGACAGAAAUCCAGCGUCAAGAUUGACUGCCUCGUCAAAAUAGACGUCCAGCGCUUACUGAAAGUGGCCGAAAGUCAACCACCAACUCAGAUAACCGGAUGUGUUGACGAACGAUCUAUCAACGAGAUUCUAGCUACUAACAACGUGGAUGACCCCGUCCAAGUGUUUGCGCUUCCGUAUGGAUGGUACGCACAAGAGUGCUCAUUUGUACCCCGUAAGGAUGGCAUCUCUGAAGAUGAUGGCUGGCUUGUUACGUAUGUGUUCGACGAGGCCCAGCUUGAUGCGAACGGCAACGCACCAACAACCUCGCGCAGUGAGCUGUGGAUAGUCGAUGCCCGCAACAUGAGGGAUAUUGUCGCGAGGGUGCUAUUACCGCAGCGUGUGCCGUACGGUAUGCAUGGGGAUUGGUUUUCAGAGGAGCAAAUUCUGAAUCAGCGGGAAGUAGCUGAGUUUCGCUCUCUCGAUUGA